UCCUCCCCUCCCCCCUCCCCCGCGGCGCGGGGGACUAGAGGCGGGGGGCGGCGGGCGCGCCCGCUCAAACACUCAACCCACACGCAGCCCCAGGGGAGGACGAUGGAGUGACGGAGAAAGACGGACGGUGGCGGGGAGCGAGAGAGGGAAGGAAGGAAGGAAGGAAGGAAGGAAAACAGAGGGAGGAAGAAGCGGCGGCGGCGGCGGCGGCGGCGGCGGCGGCGGUUCAUUGAGGAGAAGAAGUCCAAAGGGAGGCAUCAUGCAGUAGGCGAAGGAGGAGGCUCCCCGCGCCCGCCCCCUCCAGCGGCAGCAGCGGCGGCGGCAGCAGCAGCAGCUUGAGGACUUGCCGUCGGCCGCAGUGCUGCUCCCUUCGCUGCCGGCCACUGUCAAUGGAGCUGGAAAACAUCGUGGCCAACACGGUCUUGCUGAAAGCCAGGGAAGGGGGUGGAGGAAAGCGCAAAGGCAAAAGCAAAAAGUGGAAGGAGAUCUUGAAGUUCCCUCACAUUAGCCAGUGCGAAGAGCUCCGAAGAACCAUCGACAGUGAUUACUGCAGUUUAUGUGACAAGCAGCCAAUUGGAAGGCUUCUUUUCCGACAGUUCUGUGAAACUCGACCCGAACUUGAGUGCUGUAUUAGGUUCCUUGAUUCAGUGGCAGAGUAUGAAAUCGCGCCAGAUGAAAAGCUGGGAGAGAAAGGGAAGGAAAUCAUGAUGAAAUUCCUCAGCCCAGAGUCUCCAGUUUAUGUGGCAGAAGUAAGUCAGGACCUGGUGCACCAGACCGAAGAGAAACUUGAACUGAGCCCCGGGAAAGAACUUUUUGCUCACUGUGCAAAAUCCGUCCUUGACUACCUAAGCGGAGAGCCUUUUCAAGAGUACCUGGGCAGCAUGUAUUUCGACAGAUUUCUUCAGUGGAAGUGGUUAGAAAGACAACCAGUGACCAAAAACACUUUCCGGCAGUAUCGGGUACUCGGUAAAGGCGGCUUCGGAGAGGUCUGCGCUUGUCAGGUUCGUGCCACAGGUAAGAUGUAUGCCUGCAAGAGGCUGGAGAAGAAAAGAAUAAAAAAGAGGAAAGGAGAAUCCAUGGCACUAAAUGAAAAGCAGAUCUUGGAAAAAGUCAACAGCCAGUUUGUAGUCAACUUAGCCUAUGCCUAUGAAACAAAGGAUGCGCUGUGCUUAGUCCUGACCAUAAUGAAUGGGGGCGACUUAAAAUUCCACAUCUAUAACAUGGGAAACCCAGGCUUUGAAGAGGAGAGAGCGUUAUUUUAUGCGGCAGAGAUUCUCUGCGGCUUGGAAGAUCUCCACAGGGAAAACACUGUGUACAGAGAUUUGAAACCAGAAAACAUCCUUUUAGACGAUUAUGGCCAUAUUAGAAUAUCCGAUUUGGGCCUAGCAGUGAAGAUCCCUGAAGGAGAUUUAAUCCGCGGCAGGGUAGGAACAGUAGGAUACAUGGCUCCAGAGGUGUUGAACAACCAGAGGUAUGCAUUGAGCCCAGACUACUGGGGUCUGGGCUGCCUGAUUUUUGAGAUGAUUGCCGGCCAAUCUCCAUUCCGGGGGAGGAAAGAGAAGGUGAAGCGGGAAGAAGUGGACAGGAGAGUCCUGGAGACGGAAGAGGUGUACUCCCACAAGUUUUCUGAGGAAGCCAAGUCUGUCUGCAAAAUGCUACUAACCAAAGAUGUGAAGCAGAGACUGGGUUGCCAAGAGGACGGGGCUGCAGAAGUGAAGAGACACCCGUUUUUCCGAAACAUGAAUUUCAAGCGCUUGGAAGCAGGGAUGCUGGAUCCUCCUUUUGUUCCCGAUCCCCGAGCGGUUUACUGUAAGGACGUUCUGGACAUCGAGCAAUUCUCCACUGUCAAAGGAGUCAACUUGGACCACACAGAUGACGAUUUCUACUCCAAGUUCUCCACAGGAUCAGUCUCCAUUCCGUGGCAAAACGAGAUGAUAGAAACAGAAUGUUUUAAGGAAUUAAAUGUGUUUGGACCAAAUGGUACUCUUUCACCCGACCUAAACAGAAGCUAUCCUCCGGAGCCGCCGAAAAAGGGAUUGCUACAUCGAAUAUUCAAGCGACAGCAUCAGAACAAUUCCAAGAGUUCUCCCAAUAACAAGACCAGUUUUAACCACCACAUAAAUUCAAACCAUGUAAGUUCAAACUCCACCGGGAGCAGCUAGUUCCCACUCCAGCUUUCGGCAAACGAAGUGUCGGCAAAAUCCUUCCACUAGAACCGGAGCUUCUAAUGUUGUGAAAGAGCCUCCACCGUUGUUGAGUUUGAACAGCAGACUUUCCCCUUCCAGCCGGGGACGGUUCCUGUCCAUUCCUGGAAGUGGAACCUCGUGUUUUCUGCGGAAAUUUCCACUCAGGUCUGUUUUGGGAGGUAGCACUCGAGGUGGCUUGAAGCAGAUUUGGCCAUUUGGAACAUUGCAAUAGAAAUCCAAUGGAAAUGACAACUUGCACGUAUUUAAAUAGCAUCAUAACUAGAACUGAAUUUUUGUCUUUAUUAUUUUUAAAGAAAAGUUUUGUAAAUUUCUCUAUUGUCUCAGUUUACAUUUUGUACAUUUGUAUUUAAAUGAAAGUCAGACUUCGAGGGUGUAUAUUUUCUGUGCAGCCGCUGUAAAGCCAUGUCUUUUAAGACAUUUGGGGGAGGGGGGCGGGGGGGAGGGUUAAAAAUGUGACAAGACUUCCAGAGCCUCCAAUGAGAAAUUGUUGUUUUUAUUAAAUGUAGAAAAUUAUUCAUAUUUCACUUUAGCUAAUCGGUGUAUUUACGUACAUGCGUUUCUAUGGCACAGUUUCUUCUUAACUGACUUACCUUAGUUUGUAUAUUUGGUUCACAGCAACACGGCAUACAACUCUUCUGUUAGUUUGUAAUGUCUCAUAUUAAAUGCUAAAAGACACACUCGUGACCACCACAUUUGAGAAUUUCCUAUGUUUGAGGUUUGUGUAAUCCAGUAGAGUCAGUACUGUUGUGAUGCAGACGUUUCCAUGUGAGAUCGUCAGAGUAUUAAUCGUUUGGGACGGGCUCCUGUUUCCAUUCUCCCCCUGCUUUUUGUCUUGUUUUAAAUCACUGAGAUGGAGAGGAGAGCCAAGAACUGCAACCAAGACAGGGAGUUGUUUGGUCUUCUCGUCAUGGCAGUCCCUAAAAUAAUUACAUUUGUAAACAGGCACCCUCCUAUUAGCCCAAAAGAAGGUUUUAGAGAAAAGCAAAAGGCGGUGAGGACUCCAAAGGACCGAAAGAGCCAGGAAAGUCAACGGAGAGCAGAGAGACUGAGGAGGGACCAAUCGAUCUAUCGAUCAAAGGUAUUUCUUGAGCACUUACCAUGUGCAGACCACUGUACUGAGCUCUAGGGAGAGUACAGUACAACAGAAUUGAUAGACGCAUUCCCUGCCCACAAGGAGCUCGAAAGGAGACAGAUAUUAGAAUAAAUGAUGAUAGCUGUGGUAAAGGGGGAGAGAACUAAA